GAAGCGGGAUGCCGAGGAGGAGAGAGGAGCAGCGCACAAAAGACAACAAGUGAGGAAACUGUUGCUUUGCUUGCAACCUCGCUCAGCUGCGGAAGUCGCCAGAAUAAAAGCCGUGGCGUUUAGAGACGCUGAGUGAGACUUUUUGACUCCCACAUUCCAUGCUUUCUUUUUCUCUUGUUUUGGUUUUUGGCACACGUGCUGCUGGAGUCCUGCAGUCGAAGAUCUUAGUUUGACUUUGACGUGGAAGUUUGGAAGAAAAUGGGAGUGAGGAGAGAGUCUCCAUCGGCACCAUGACCACGCCGACCAAGCCAAGAAGCCAACUGUGCAGAACCUCCUUGCCGUGACGCCCCACAUGGCUUUCAAGCAAAGAUCUUCUGUAUGUGAGGUGUAAGCGAUCGGUAUCUUGAAUGGAAAAGUGCAGAGACAGAUCCCAUGCGUCCAAACUAAACUAGGGAAGGAUCGGAGAGGGACAAAGGAGCAGGUAUUUGUCUAGCCGCUAGACGGGCAAGUGAGCGCCAUCUUCGGAAUGUGGUGGAUGAGAUGAACUCCAGUGGGAAUACUGUAGACCCCACCUGACAGCUGCAAACCAAACAAGGAGUCAGGAAGUCUCUCGUCCCUUUCUAGGUGUCCAGUGCUCAGACAUCGAGUACAAAACAGGAAGGUGGAAAGACGCUAGCAAACCUUCACGUAUUCCUCACACGUAGUGACGUUCCAUCCAGACUUCAGCCUGGCCGGCACAACCAUCCCAGCGAAGGGGGAGGAGGACUUCCUCACGCUGGCCGCCUCCCGGCUAAGCCGCAAGAAGCGCGUGAUUGGAGCAGGAGUGGGCGUGGCCAUGGUCUUGGUCCUGCUGGUGGCCAUCCCCCUGUUGGUCCACUCUACCAAGGGGGGCGGGUCCGGGGCAGCGGGCACGCAUUACGAAAUGCUGGGGAGCUGCAAGAUGGUGUGCGACACUUUCACCCCCCCUCAAGGAGAGCUGACAGGCGUCUCCCCCCAGCCCCCGGACUCGGCCAACCGUCGAGGCAAGCAGGGUUUCAGAGGAAGCCCGGGGCUUCCCGGUCCCCCGGGUCCCAAGGGCCCCCCUGGAGAACCGGGGAAGCCCGGCCCGCCCGGUCCCCCGGGUCCCGGACCCGGUGGCUACGGCCCCUCCUUGUACACGCCCAAGAUCGCCUUCUAUGCCGGCCUGCGGAAGCAACACGAAGGCAGCGAAGUGCUGAAGUUUGAUGACGUGGUGACCAAUGUGGGGAACUACUAUGAGCCCGGCACGGGCAAGUUCACCUGCCCCCUGCCUGGCAUCUACUACUUCACCUACCACGUCCUCAUGAGAGGGGGGGAUGGCACCAGCAUGUGGGCCGACCUCAAGAAGAACGGCCAGGUAAGGGCCAGUGCAAUCGCCCAGGAUGCAGACCAGAAUUACGACUACGCCUCCAACAGUGUCAUCCUGCACCUGGACGUUGGGGACGAAGUGUGCGUGCAGCUGGACGGGGGUAAAGUUCACGGCGGGAACACCAACAAAUACAGCACCUUCUCCGGCUUCCUCAUCUAUCCCGACUGAAUGGCUGAAUUUCCUGCAGUGGAUCUCCUCCAUCAUGCCAUCACCCAAGAGAGUUUCCAUCCAAAUAUGAAUCAAUUAUUCUAUCAUAUCAUCACUUAACAUUUACCUCAGACACGCGCGCUUGCUUAGUCGUAAUUGUGUGCCAUUAACUAACAACCCGUGUAAGCUCGCAUCUAAUGGCUCUUUUCCACACACACACACACACACACACACACACACACACACACACACACACACACACACACACACGGUGCAAGAAUGAAAGGUGGACAAGCUAUCCAUCCCAAAUGAAAAGUGAACAUGCUGUACUUCAUAGCGGUAUUCAUAACAGCUGAUAAGGCCUGUGACUCCAUGGCAAAGUGUUGUGACACAUGGGUAUGUUUGGGCUGCACGGCUGGAGAGGAUGAAGGGAAUGCAUCUUUACACAGGUCAACAUGUCUGAGCAGGAGCAGGAGGAGCCAGAUCUCCUUUGUCGUUUCUGAUAUGGCGUAUGUAACACUCCUAAACAAAUGUCGCAUCUGAAGGAGGUUCCAAGUGCGGAUGGAUUAACACAAAGAAUUCAUCUUGUUACUAUGACCUAUGACUACUGUCAAAUGCUGGACGCAUAUUUUGCCAAAAUGAAACAUUUUCAAGUGUAAAACUGCCACCCCCUCACCCCCAGCACCAUAAAACAUUCAGAGCAACACACACUCUUAUUUAUGUCAAAUAUGUCUUAUUUUCGCUUAUGAUGUCUACUAUAUUGGCAAAUAGCCGUGUAAAGGUGACUAUAGGGCUGUUACUUCAUGCCCAGCGGGCUCUAAUAAUGUAAGAAAGAGGGUGGCAGACAGGUUUUCUAACUACCAAAAUAUUCCAUUUCCUAUUUUGCAGAAAUGGCUUCAUGACGCUCGGGUGUGGAAGUCAUAAAUCGCCAUCAGGGAGGUGUUAUUGUAGUGUGUUGUUGAGUAUACUGUAGUACUGUAGUUCCUCCACCCCAGUCACUGCUGCUGUAUGUAGGAGGGAAGGUAAAAGCAGAGAUGAAUGUACAUGGUUCAUGUGACAAAGCAUUCUUUCUCGUGGAAUAAAGAAAGUGGCGAGAAAGUGUUGAAUGUAGCCCAAUGUCUCCUAU